GAGGCGGCGGAUAUGGUGGCGGGCUGGGCGGCACCGUUGCUUCGUGAACACGUGGAGAGCUACCCCCCUGACACGCUGCUGGCCCUCGUGUCCUCCCUGGCGCUGCUGGAGUCGUACGAUGAGGGCCUGCUGACCUCCGUGGCGGCAGCCUUCAAGCGGGACCCGGGAGCCUGGAUUCGCGCGGCAGCGGAGGCGGCAGCGGCGGGAGCAGCAGUCGAGGCGGCGGAUGAGGAGGAGAAGGAGGAGGCAGAAGAGGAGGAGGAGCAGGAGGGCGGUGCGGGUGACCCAUGGGUCGUGCUGGUGUCGCUGACCCGGUCGUUUGCUUCGCUGGGACACUACGAUGCGGAGUUUAUGAAUGCGGUGGCGGAACAGGCCGUAUCGCUGCUGCCUGCCCUCUCUCAGCGCGCCGAGCUGGAGCAGCAGGCGGCGGACGCAGCAGCAGCAGCAGCAGCAGCAGCAGCAGCAGCUGAGGACCCCGAGGGUGCCGCUGGUGCUGCUGCUGCUGAGUCGCCCUCCUUCAGCGCCACGGAGUCGCUGGUGGUGUUGCUGGGAGCCUUCCACGAGCUGAACCACCUGCACCCGCAAUUCAUGCAGGCCUCCGCUGAGUUCCUGGUUUCAUAUCUGCAGCAGCUGGACCCGGCCGCGGCUUGCCAGGUGCUCCUGGCGUUUGCUGGCUUCGGCGGCCGCAACGCGCCCUUCUACUCGCUGCUGCUGGCGCGGGUGGCGCUGCAGACGGGCGGCCUGCAGGAGCUGAGUCCCAAGGCGGCCGGCAUGCUGUACAGGGCGUGCACCCUGAUCACCGCCAUGGGUGACGUACCGCCCCUCUCCCCCGCCACAGCAGCCCAGCUAGCAGCAGCUGCCGCUGCCGCCUCCUCCUCCUCCUCUCCUUCCAGCAGCAGCACUGGCGGAGACGCCGGCUCUAACAACACUGCCGCCGCAGCUGGCGGCCCCGCGCAGCAACAGGAGGCCCAGCAAGCCGCUGCAAACAUCCUGGCUGUCCUGCGGAAAUCCGCGGAGGAGGACCGGCAACAGCAGCUGUCAGGGGAAGCAGCAGCAGCACCGGCAACAGCCGAGAGCGGCAGCAUUACCACCACCACCGCUGACAUCUCCUCAGCCGCAGCCGAGGUGGUAGAGCAGGCGGCCGCCGUGUCGGCUGCGCUGCGGGCGCUGCUGGGUGCAUGUGUGGCGGAGGAGGGCGGCUUCCCGGUUUCGGAGCUGCGUGCCGCGCACCUGGGGGGCCCCUCGCCGGAGCAGCUGGCGGAGGCGGAGGAGGGGCUGCGGCAGGCGUACGGCGCUACGGGGCUACUGACGGUACCGGAGGUUCUGCUGGCGCUGGGGUAUAUCCAAGAACACGGCAGCAGCAGCAGUACGGCAGCGGCAUCCGCAACUGGUGAGGGGGAGGAUGACCGGGAGGCGGACGGCGUCCCUGCCAUAACGUUGCUUCCCCUGGAGGACCUCACGGCCUCACAUGAACAGGGGGGCCUGCAGCAGCAGCAGGGGCAGGAGGGCCAGCAGCAGCAGCAGGGGGAGGGCGGCCCAGUUGUGCCCAGUUGCAGCACGUACGGCUUCCCUGACGUGUCCCCCGUCACGGGGGGUGCGGAGGCGCCUCUGUGGGUGCCCGCUGAUGCCCUGCUGCUGUACGGCAGCAGCAGCAGCAACACCAGCAGCAGCGGUGGUGGUGAUAACGCCUUGACUGCUGCAGCCGAAGAAUCACAGCCCGAGCAGCAGCAGCCUCAGCAGCAGCGUAUCGCGAUCAAGGUGCUCGACGACCGGGUACACUGCUGCGCCAAUGCAGAGAUCAUUGUAGGCCCUGAGGAGGAGGACGAAGAAGACGAAGAAGCGGACGAGGGAGGUGUUGCGGACGAGGAGCAACAGCAGCAGACCGCCAGGUUACGGAUGCGGCUGCGGGGUCCGGCGCUGUCAGAGGUACG